UUGUUUUGUUUUGUAAUAUAGGAGCAAGAAUGUUUUACAACACUCAAGACAUGCUAUGGAGGAGGAAACUAGAGGAACAAGCUCUUGAGCUUCAAGCUUUAAGAGUAAUGAGUUUGCAACUUUCUGAUGUUAAAAAGCCUCACCAUCAGCAAACUCCUCUUCCAAUUUGCAGCCCAAUUCCUUCCCCUACUAACACUCCUAAUCCCUUCAAUCAAGCCCUUCUUUUCCAUUCAAUUCCAACCAGCUCACAACUCCUCCAAGAGAAUGGCUCGAACCGCUUACCUGAGGUUCACCUUGAGCCACGAGUGAUGAUCAAUUCAAAUUCGACAGCUGAUAGUGAUAGUAGCAAUGACAAGGAAACCGACUUGCAAGAAACUAGUUUGGAGCAUAAUCUCCCUGACAGUCCCUUCGCCACGGCAUCGUACACGCCAAGUGGCAUCGAGGUCGACGAAUCGGAUGCCUCAACCGACAAUCAUUCUGCAGCUUCAUCCUUCGCUUCGACAUCAAACCUCGGCGCACCCUUCAAAUCCUUCAACUGCCAGUACCCUUCUGGCCAUGGAGCCAUCGGGUUGUAUGCUAGCACGGGCGGACCGACAUGUCGAGUCGGGAUUUAGCUGAUCAUGUAAGUUCUUCUACGUUCUUCAUUUCUCUUCCCUUAAGUGUCUUAAGAGAGCCCACAGUACGAAGGAUCUAAGAAAUUACCACAGGAAUAGCAUUUAAAAUAACAGUAAAAAGAGACAGAGACAUUGAUUGACCUGAAGUUUUGAGUGUUUGGGCACUGUAAUUCUCUUACCAAUGUAAAUUAUUAAUCUUACAAGGUGAAUUCAUAAGCCAACAUGGUCAAAAUUCAGUCAUCUUUGUAUAUGAGAAGUGUUAAUGAUAAAAUUGGAUGAUAUUAGAAAUAUUGGUAAAUUUGAUAUUAGUAAUUGUAAUAUUUUGAAA